CGGAACGGAGCCAUCCGCGUUGAGGUGGGAGAUGAAUAUAAACCCAUCGUCUGGGAAUAACGCUAUCAGUGAGUUCGCGCUCGACGGUCCCGCAUUUACGGUAAACGUGGUGUGAGCGGAAACGUGGAAACACACAUCAUGCAGAAGACGGUAGCUUUCCUCUGCGCCGCGUUGUUUGCGUGCGCCAACGCGGUUGUUCUCAGCGGCUACAACAGCGGCCAUGGCCUGUCGUCGCCCUACAGCGAUUACGGCGAUCUCGACGAGUACGUAGGAUCCACUGAAUACAAAGUUCUGCCGACGGUCGCGGUCCCGGUGCACUCGGUGUCCGCAUCGCCGUUGCACUUGGAUGCAUCGCACGGACUGCACGGCUACAACCACCACCACACCGACGAGGAUCACGAUUACUAUUCGCAUCCGAGAUACACUUUCAAUUAUGGCGUGCACGACCCCCACACCGGCGAUGUGAAGACGCAGCACGAGGUGCGUGACGGCGACGUCGUUCACGGUUCGUACAGCGUGAACGAGCCCGACGGAAGCGUGCGUAUCGUCGAAUACACGGCGGAUGAUCACAACGGGUUCAACGCCGUCGUGAAGAAAGUCGGACCGGCGAUACAUCCGGUUCCGAAGCCGGUCCCGAUCGUCAAAUACGUCUCGCCGGCGCAUUACAACAGCUACGACUACGAGAAGCACUACUAGGACCUCAGCCAUUUUGUGUAAAUAGCAUCGAAAAUCGAGCGCUUCGUUCAAAGGGCAUUAAUCGAUCUGCUAGUCGAUGUGACAAAGUAUAUUUGUUUUUUUUUUUUUAAUUUUAUGUGACGUUUGAUAUCGAUUUCAAUAAACUGCAAUGUGUGAAGGUACGUUUCGUCAUUAUCACAUUGUAUCAAAGUAUUGAUUUUGUUUCCUAAUAUGUAUAAAACCUCUGAUCUUAUUUUUCUAUAAAUUGAAAUAAAAAGUAUUUUCAUUCUUAUUGUUAAUUUCGAUGUAUUAUUGCGCUGACGCCCUAUUUCGAAGCGCUUGAUUGCACCUGACAGCAGCGCGCGAGAAUCGAUUACUUCCACAGACAGAUUACAGAAGUAGUCCUUUUAAUUUAUUUUACACUCUAUUAAAUGAAUGAAUCGCGAAAAUCGUACAAAGGUGCCUCGUGUAUUUCCUUAAAAAAAAAAAAAAGAGCAACCACUUCGA